GGCCACGCACUUCCGCCCCCUGACCGGUUCGCUGUGCACCUCCCCUUCCGCCGCCGCCGCCCCCGCCGCCUCUACGAUCCCGUCUCUUGCCCCGACCCCGGCCUUCGGAGCGCAGCGGCCGCAGACUGCGCUAUCACCCUCCCCGGGACCUGCGAUCCCCGCCGCAGCGAUGAACAUCCGCAACGCGAGGCCUGAGGACCUGAUGAACAUGCAGCACUGCAACCUGCUCUGUCUGCCCGAGAACUACCAGAUGAAGUACUACUUCUACCACGGCCUCUCCUGGCCGCAGCUGUCCUACAUUGCCGAGGAUGAGAACGGGAAGAUUGUGGGGUAUGUCCUGGCCAAAAUGGAGGAGGACCCAGAUGACGUGCCCCAUGGACACAUCACCUCACUGGCUGUGAAGCGCUCCCAUAGGCGCCUGGGCCUGGCUCAGAAGCUUAUGGACCAGGCCUCACGUGCCAUGAUUGAGAACUUCAAUGCCAAAUAUGUGUCCCUGCACGUCAGGAAGAGUAACCGGGCCGCCCUGCACCUCUACUCCAAUACCCUCAACUUUCAGAUUAGCGAGGUGGAACCCAAGUACUAUGCAGACGGGGAAGAUGCCUAUGCCAUGAAGCGGGACCUCACCCAGAUGGCCGAGGAGCUGAGGCGGCACCUGGAGUUGAAAGACAAGAGCAGGCAUGUGGUGCUGGGUGUCAUUGAGAACAAGGCAGAAAGCAAAGGAACCCCGCUCCCGGGCCCGGGUGAGGCCUGCCGGGAGGAGAAGAUCCUGGCUGCUGAAGACAGUGGCGGGGACAGCAAGGACCUCAGUGAGGUCAGCGAGACCACAGAGAGCACGGAUGUCAAGGACAGCUCAGAAGCCUCUGACUCUGCCUCCUAGAGCACGUCUGCCCCGCCUCAACCUGCCAGCUGUCCCAAUAAAGCUUGGCCCAUGGCCUUGAGGAACA